AUGCGGGGUUCGUCGUUGACGACGAGGAAGGCCGGAGCGCGGCUUCUCGGGCGGAUCCAUGGCGGCUCCUGGGCAGAUAGGAGAUAUGGAGGUGAGGUGGAGAAGAAGGAGCUCGCCGGAGCCGGGCGACGGCAGAUGGGGGCGGGAGACGGAUGGAUCCGGCCCAGCGGCGCGAAGUUCUUGCAGGUGGAGACGGGGUUGGUUCUGCGCGCAAACGCCCACCUUGGCCGCCUCCGACGACUCAUCGCCGCCGUGGGAGUCAUGAACUCCGACCACGGGGACUCGCACGCCCUGCAGCGGCCGGAACUGGCUGAAGGUCAUUCGACAUCCUCGACUUCAUGCCUUCCCCACGCCCUCCUCCAUCCACGACCUCUGCUAAGGACUUAUGCUACUCCCAGCUCAAGCUCCUCAAGCAUGCUGCAUGCUACUUCUUCCCUACAUCCUGAAGAUGUCACCUUUAUUGCUGAUGAGUUAAUGUUUGAUGCAACCCUGCAAUCUACAAUUUGCCCGUCAGAAGGUUACCUGAAGCUUAAAAUAGAGAAAAUGGCUAUUAACCUCAUGAUUUUGUGUACUAAGUCACAAGGUAUUUUAUUCUCAACCAAAUAA